GGAUUCUAAUGUAUUCAAACCCAUGGGUCAUCUUCAUCAUGACCAACUUUACAAGAAAAAGUCUCCAUUUUUAACUCAGGAGCUUUCAGAGUGGCACUGUGAUUUUCAGACACUUUAUUAUACUAUAUACGUGUGAUUCUUGAUUUAUUUUUAUGUGGUGAAUAGCAGCAUAAAGGUGCAGUUUUUGCCAAGGUGAAUUCAUCUUUUUUACUUUUUUCCAGUAAAUUUACAGUGGUUUUAGUUGUGCGCCAUUGAUAUAUAAUCUGCCACUGGGAUAAAGGAAAGACCUUCAGAUCUUCAACUGGGUUUAGAGUAUAAAUAUGCAAUCAAGAGUUUUGAUGUGAUGAACAAUGUUGUUGGCAAGGCAUUCAAGAUUUCAUUUUUUGACUCUGUUGGAGGUAAAGAAUGCGAUUCUUGAUCUGGGUAUUUGAGGGGAGAAAAGAGGGUUUGUGUUAAAGCUUAGGAGGAGAGUUUUAGGCUAAUUGAUGGAUAGGACGGAGGCGGCGGCGGAGCCACCCGUUGGCCGGAAAAAGAUGACGAAGCAGUUGACCGGAAAGCGAGAGGAUACGGCCUUGCAUUCUGCAGCAAGAGCCGGGAACAUUGCUUCUAUGAAAGAGAUAGUUCAAAACUCUGGAGAAGAAGAAUUGGCAGAGGUGUUAGUGAAGCAAAAUUCCGCCGGAGAAACAGCCUUAUAUGUGGCGGCCGAGUACGGCUAUGUUGAUUUGGUCGGAGAAAUGAUCAAGUAUUACGACCUUGUGGCUGCCGGAAUCAAAGCCAAGAACGGCUUUGACGCCCUCCACAUUGCUGCAAAACAAGGAGAUUUAGAUGUUGUGAAGGUUCUAAUGGAGGCUCACCCGGAGCUGUCGAUGACGGUGGACGUGUCGAAUACCACGGCGUUGCACACGGCUGCGACGCAAGGGCACAUAGAGGUGGUGAACUAUCUACUGGAGCGAGAGAGCAGCUUGGCAGCCAUAGCUAAAAGCAAUGGCAAAACAGCCUUGCAUUCUGCAGCCAGAAACGGGCAUUUACAGGUUGUGAAGGCGAUUUUGAGUAAAGAACCCGGGCUGGCUAACAGGGUGGAUAAAAAGGGGCAGACAGCUCUUCACAUGGCAGUCAAGGGCCAAAAUCUUGGACUGGUGGAGGAGCUCAUCACAUCUGAUCCUUCAUCCAUAAACACUGUAGAUAACAAAGGGAAUACAUAUUUGCACAUAGCAACUCGAAAAGGCCGAGCUAAGAUUGUUAAGCUGUUGUUAGACCAGAGGCAAAUAGAUACAGUAAUGGUGAAUAGGUCAGGUGAGACAGCACUUGACACAGCAGAGAAAAUGGGGCAAUCUGAUGUGGCUGCAAUGCUGCAGGAGCAUGGGGUUCAGAGUGCUAAAGCUAUCAAGAAGCCUAAAGUGACGAAUCCAGCCAAGGAAUUGAAGCAAACCGUGAGCGACAUAAAGCACGAAGUUCACAACCAGUUAGAGCACACGCGACAGACCAGAAGACGCAUCCAAGGGAUCGCGAAACGCCUGAACAAGAUGCACACCGAAGGCCUAAACAACGCGAUCAACUCGAACACGGUUGUGGCAGUGCUGAUAGCCACUGUGGCCUUUGCCGCCAUCUUCACUGUCCCGGGGCAAUACGCUGAUAAUCCUCUCAACGUCCCCCCGGGGCUGUCCCUGGGAGAAGCCAACAUAGCGCCACAGGCCCCGUUCAUAAUCUUCCUGGUUUUCGACUCCAUUGCUCUAUUCAUAUCCCUGGCUGUCGUGGUGGUUCAGACCUCGGUUGUAGUGAUCGAAAGCAAGGCGAAGAAGCAGUUGAUGGCCGUGAUAAACAAGCUAAUGUGGCUGGCUUGUGUGCUCAUAUCGGUCGCCUUCUUGGCUCUGUCAUUCGUGGUCGUUGGAAAGAAAGAAAGAUGGAUGGCAAUAGUGGUGACAGUAAUAGGCACAACCAUCUUGGCUACCACUCUGGGCACAAUGUGUUAUUGGGUGAUUAUGCAUAGAAUUGAGUCUGCAAACAAGAAGACCAUCCAAAUGAACUCUCAACACAGCAGAUCCAGGUCCUUCUCUGUAUCAGCUCUUUCAGAUUCUGAAAUUCUCAACAAUGAUUUCAGGAAAAUGUAUGCUAUAUAAUCAUCAUCAUCAUCAUCACUGCCCCAAACAUCAUUUAUGUAUAUAUCUCAUCUCUCUUGACUGCUCACUUUGCUUAAUCAACUUUGUUC